AUGCCAAAAGUAAAACAGGGGAAGCGCAACAGCGCUUCUCAAGCGAAUCCUUAUGCAGAUGCCGUCGCUAAAACGAAGGCUGCCAACAGCAUAUUCAAAAUGAACACAGACAUUGGUCAGCACGUCUUGAAGAAUCCUGGAAUUGCCCAGGCCAUUGUGGACAAGGCCGAUCUGAAGCAGAGCGAUGUCGUUCUUGAAAUCGGUCCUGGUACAGGUAACCUGACUAUGAAAAUCCUCGAAAAGGCCAAGAAAGUUAUCGCUGUUGAAUUGGAUCCUCGAAUGGCGGCGGAGGUCACCAAACGAGUCCAAGGAACUCCCGCACAGAAGCGCCUGGACGUUAUUCUGGGCGAUGUGAUGAAGACCGAGCUGCCGUAUUUCGACGUUUGCAUUAGCAAUACCCCGUAUCAGAUUUCCUCCCCCCUCACAUUCAAACUUCUCGCAACCUCGCCAGCGCCUAGAAUCUGUAUUCUCAUGUUCCAACGAGAAUUUGCUCUCCGUCUUUUUGCCAAACCAGGUGAUAAGCUCUACAGUCGACUUUCUGUCAAUGCUCAGAUGUGGGCCAAGAUCGAUCAUAUUAUGAAGGUUGGCAAGAACAAUUUCAAACCUCCACCAUUGGUGGAAUCGAGUGUGGUCCGCAUGGUUCCCAAGAAUCCAAGGCCGCAGAUUAAUUAUGAUGAGUGGGACGGACUUCUGCGAAUCCUUUUCGUGAGAAAGAAUAAAACCAUCCGCGCCAGCUUUAUCGGGAAAUCCACGGUUAUGGAUUUGUUGGAAGCGAAUUACCGGACGUGGUGUGCCCAGAACGACAUUCCGAAAGGCAAGGUAGCGGAAUUGGUACGGGAGAAGGUACGACAGGUUUUGGAAGAUGAAACUAAACUUGCAGACAAGCGUGCAAGGAUGUGUGAUGAAAAUGAUUUUCUGAAGUUGUUGUGGGCUUUUAACCAGAAGGGCUUCCACUUCAGCUGA